AUGUUGUCGCAGUCGUGGGCCGCGGCGCUGCUCCUGCUGAGCUUCACAGCGCCAGCAGCGUGCCAGACGCCUCCCUCGCUGAUCGAAGCACUCGUCGCCAACAACGCGUCGCAGUUUGCCGACUUCAUCCAGGCAGACCCAGAAGUCCUGCAGCUCUUCCUGUCCAGCGCCGGCACCGUCUACGCGCCCGUCGACAAGCCGUCGACGCAAGCCCGGAGCCUGGCGGAGCGCGCCCUCUCUCCCGCAGAGGCAGCGGAGGCCAAGUCCCAGGGCUCCAAGGUGCAGACCAAGCUCAACGAAGACAGCCAGACGCAGCCGGGCGCCGUCAAGCAGACGCUCAACAAGUCGCCCCUGGUCGACGGCCGCAACCAGAGCGUCGUGGUCGACACGCGGCCCGCCAACAGCACCACCCAGACGAAGCGCUGGGUCGGCCGCUCGCUGGCCCCGCGCGAUGGCGACUGCGACGAGCCCAACCCGAACUCGCUGCUCCGCAUUGCGUCGGGCCUGGGCAAGAUCGCCAACGUCAUCAAGGCCGACAUUGCCUUCCAGGGCGGUGUCAUCCACAUCACCGACAAAUACUUCACGCCGCCGCAGGCACUGUCCUCGUCCGCGCGCGCGACAGGACAAACCGCAUUCGCGAACCUAGCCGCAGCAGGCAACGUCACCAGCACGCUCGAGACAACCCACUCGAUCACGGUGUUCCUGCCGAGCAACAACGCGAUCGCAGCAGGCGCCAACGCCACAGCCGGCGUGUCGGCGGCGGCGCUCGUCACGGGCCACGUCGUCGCCGGCCGCGUCGCGUACCUGCCCGACCUCGCCGACGGCGACACCCUGACCACGCAGACGGGCGAGAAGUUGACUGUCACGGUGCGGCCCGGCGGCCUGUACUACGUCAACGGCGCGCGCAUCACGCAGGCGAAUAUUGUGCUGGAGAAUGGCGUCGCGCACGUCAUUGACAAGGUUCUGACGCCCGCGACAACGGCGGCGCCGCCGCCCGUUACUGGCGGUAGUGGCGCUCUGUCUCAGACGCUGGGUCUUGGCGUGGCCGUUGGCGUGGCCGUGUCGGCACUUCUGGCGCUGGCCUAG